AUGAGGACCUAUAAGAAAAAAACGGAAAGAGGCAAUACCUCGAAAGAGGACAUGGAACAAGCCGUGAAUCGUGUUUUAAAUAACAAUGAAUCGCAAAGAUCUGUAGCUAAAAGUUUAAACAUAUGUCAUGUAACGCUUCACAGAUAUGUAAGAAAAGUUCAGAAUUCUGGUCAUAACGAAGGCCCCGUUAGUCUAUCAAAUGUUGGUUACUCUAGAAAACCUGUUUUUGAUGAAAAUCAAGCACAAAAACUUGUGGAUUACAUUAAACAUGCAUCGAAAAUUUAUUUUGGCCUUAGUCCAAAAGAAGUGCGAAAGUUUGCAUAUGAGUGCGCUCUUACAUAUAAUGUCACAGUUCCUGAUUCCUGGAAUAAAAACAAAUGCGCCGGAGAGGACUGGCUUACACAAUUUUUAAAGAAGCACGAAGAUCUCUCAAUUCGGACACCCGAGGCGACUAGCUUACAAAGAGCCAUAAGUUUUAAUAAACAGAACGUGUCAUCAUUUUUUGACAAACUGGCAAGCGUAAGAGACAAAUAUAACUUUAAUUCAGCAACUAUCUGGAAUUUGGACGAGACUGGAGUGACGACGGUCCAAAAAGUUAGCAAGGUUCUGGCGGAAAAGGGAACUAAGCAAGUUGGUGGUAUCACAUCAAGCGAGAGAGGUGUACUCGUCACUGUGUUGGUUGCUGUUAGUUCCUCAGGAAACUCUAUUCCUCCGCAAUUUAUAUUUCCCAGAAAAAAGUACCAUGACUAUUUUAUACGAGAUGGGCCUCCUGGAAGCAUUGGUGCUGCAAAUGGGUCAGGGUGGAUGACAUCUGACGAAUUUUUUUAA